AUGGAUACGGCCUCUGGUUCUGCGUCCAAAAGCAGAAGCCGCUCCCCGGUCUCUUGUCAACACCGGGAUCGAUCGGAAUCCGGAUCUCCAGCACGACGUGUUUCAAGAAGCCGCUCCCCAAUUUCUCGCCAACGUCCUGCUCGUUCCGAAUCUGGAACGCCAGCUCGUCGCGCUACAAGAAGCCGGUCGCCGGUCAAACGUCAAAGUCGUGAUAGAUCUGUAUCUUCAGUCUGUCGUGCCUCCAGAAGCCGCUCCCCACCAUCACGUGAUGCCUCCGUUGCUCCAUCUCGUGACGUUUCGCCAGACCAAUCUCGUCGCAGCUCACCAAAUGGCUCCCCACGUGACGAUUAA